CUUUAGGUCAUAUGACCGACGUUACGUGAGAGUAACGUAUCGUCAUAGGCGUUGACUCGUCCCUCGUACGGCGAUCUCUCGUGAUCUCGACUUUUCGCGAAUAUCCUAUCUUUUAACGAAUUUCGUGAAACUCUGACGAAAAAUCGUACGAGACACCAUGGCUCUCAGCGAUGCCGACGUGCAGAAGCAGAUCAAACACAUGAUGGCCUUCAUCGAACAAGAAGCUAAUGAAAAGGCAGAAGAGAUAGAUGCUAAGGCUGAAGAGGAAUUUAAUAUUGAGAAGGGACGUUUGGUUCAGCAACAGCGCCUUAAAAUCAUGGAAUAUUAUGAGAAAAAGGAGAAACAAGUUGAGCUGCAAAAGAAGAUACAAUCUUCAAAUAUGCUGAAUCAAGCUCGAUUGAAGGCUCUGAAAGUACGCGAGGAUCAUGUACGCAAUGUACUUGAAGAAGCUAGAAAGAGAUUAGGUGAAGUGACGCAAAAUACUGCACAGUAUAGAGAAAUUCUUCAGCUGUUAAUUAUCCAAGGGCUUUAUCAACUAACGGAAUCAAACAUCACUCUCCGGGUUCGUCAAGUCGAUCUACCUCUCAUAGAAUCUCUUCUUGGCCCUGUUCAGCAACAAUAUAAACAAAAAACCAAGAAAGAUGUUAACUUGAAGAUUGAUUCCGAUAAUUUCUUAUCCGGUGAAAGUUGUGGAGGUGUAGAAUUAUUAGCAUCUAAAGGACGCAUAAAGAUUAGCAAUACUUUGGAGACCAGAUUAGAGCUGAUAGCGCAACAAUUGAUACCCGAAAUUCGUUCUGCUUUAUUUGGAUCGAAUCCAAAUCGCAAGUUUAACGACUAAACUAUCUUCCUCGACGAUUACUUGACUCUCUCUUUCAAAACAUUCCCUUUUGACAACAGAUUAUUGCAUUAUUAUGUAUCAUGUAGAAUAAAAUUAUAGCGCGUGGCAAUGCCUCCUUGUUAAAAUCCGUGUCUAAUAUUUUCAAUGAAAGUAUGCAAUGGAAUUGUGCAAUAUUUACUGUUGAAAGAGAGUCGUAAACUGUAUAUUGUUCUUUCAAGAUGUUCUUCUCUGCUUCGUUGCAUGUCCUUUGCUAUUUCUGAGAGAUAACGAAUACGUGAAUAUAAAAUGUGUGAUGAAAUAAAUAGAUAACUAAUAGAUGUGAAUUUUAACAAAUUGUAUUAAACAUCGGUUCAGUCAUUCGUGAAAAUAAAAUAAAAUAAAUAACACAAA